UUUGACCUUUAAUGGUAAAAUACAGAAUAGAUUAUAGUAUAGACUCUAGAUUCUAGAAUCUAGAUAAAGUUUUACCGUAGAGUUUAUAUAGACUCUAGAUCUUGAUUCUAGAUCUAUGAUUAUGGAGACUUGUGUUGAUAAAGAUAUCAUCUUAAUCGAGCCCUUUUUUGGUGGCUCACAUUUGCAGCUAAUCGAAAUUAUUUCUUCUGAUAAGCUGAUAGGACCACGGUGUAUUAUUUGCUCAUUGCCUGCAAAAAAAUGGCAGUGGCGCGCCAGAGUAUCAGCACUUUAUUUCAGUCAAACGAUACCAUUCGGAAAUUUCAAGUGAGAUGAAAGUUUAAAUUAAAAGUAUUGUUUGCAAGCUCAGUUCUAAACCUGGCUGAACUUAUAGCUUUAAGGCCUGAUCUUGCUCAGACAAAAAAAGUAGUUUAUUUCCAUGAAAAUCAACUAAUCUAUCCAGUUCAGCAACAGCUAGAACGCGAUUUUCAAUAUGGAUAUAAUCAGAUUUUAACAAGUAUGGUUGCUGAUAAAGUUAUAUUCAAUUCAACUUUCAACAUGGACACUUUCUUAUCUUCAAUAUCAUCACAUCUCAAACUUAUACCAGAUCACAGGCCAAAAAAUCUUCAUGAGCAAAUUCGUCCAAAAUGUCAAGUUGUGUAUUUUCCUUUAAUCCUUUGUGUUAAUGAUGUAUCGGUUGAAAAGGAAAGAGAAUAUGAACAUGAUUCAUCACAUUCCAUAGCUAAUGAAAAGCCAGAAAAGGAAUCUCCUUGUUCUAUUAUCAAUGAAAUGCCAGAAAAAGUAUCAAAAGAUUCUGAUUCUUUUGUCUACAGUACAGAAACUUUAUAUAAAAAAAAUCAUAGUGAAGACUUAAAAACUAUAGAAACUGCCGAAGAGUCAAAUUCAAAAACAGGUUCAUUCAAAAGCUUUGAGAGUUUACUUGUAAAUCCUUCUUUGUGCACAGUGACUAAAAGAGGAAAAGAGAGUUCAUCUUUAAAUGUCAUUGCUCCUACUGAUGUUCAGCUACAAGCAUGCAGCCAUCUCCUUCAUAUUGUUUGGCCUCAUCGCUGGGAGCACGACAAAAAUCCUGAAAGUUUUUUCAGUGCACUUUUCCAGCUGCAGGCCGAUGGUUACAAUUUCUUAGUUUCAGUUAUUGGAGAGACAUUCUCGGAAAUUCCAGAAAUAUUUUACACUGCACAACAACUACUGAAAGACAGGAUAGUUGCAUGGGGAUACCAAAAUCGGUGUGACUACUUUAAGAUACUAGAUUCUGCACAUGUUGCUGUAUCCACCGCACAUCAUGAGUUCUUUGGAGUUAGCAUGCUUGAAGCUGUCAGCAGAGAUUGUUAUCCACUUUGCCCUAAGAGACUAGUCUAUCCUGAAAUAUAUCCAGAUGAAUGCCUGUAUUCAACUCAAGCACAACUGGUGAAAUGCUUAAAAAGAUUUUGCCAAAAGCCAAUUUGUGCAAAAUUAAGCAAUAAAAUUGAGAUUAUUCAGAGAUAUUCAUGGACAAAUCUAAGAGCCAGUUACAGAGCUUUGUUGACUGUAUGAGAAAGAGCUCACACUAAUUUGUUUAGUAGUAUUAAAUCUAUUAAUUAAAGAGCUUCAAAUCCUCUCAUAUGUACAUAUUGCAACAUUUUUAAAAAGUAGCAUCAUUAGCUAUUGAUCUAGGUCUCUCUAAAUAAACUGUCUGUGAAUAAGUGUACUCAUAAAUUAAGUUGUGUAUUAUUUAAUGUUGUUUUUUUUAAAUUACAUUUUAUUUUACUGUG